UGACAAGAGACGUCCUUUUUGAACAGGAUAUUUCUCUGAGGGAAAUGACCAUCAAAAACUUCUCAAUCGAAUAUGACGCUAUCAACAGCAGAAACACCUUCACAAAUGGAGAUACCAUUGCCGGGAGAAUCAUCGUGGAGGUUUCAAAGGAAAUUCACAUCAAAUCGCUGAUUUUCAUUGCCAAGGCAAAAGCUAAGACUUGCUGGACUGAACAUUAUGGACAAAAUGUGCAUGUUGUGCUCUGGGCCGAUGAGAAGUACUAUGAAAUCAAGCACCACAUCUUGAGAGAGGGAAGACAAGACGGCUCUGGAGUCAUUGGUCGAGGAAGACAUGUAUUUCCUUUUACCUUCAAGAUUCCUGAUGGAAAAAUACCUUCAUCAUUCAAAGCCAGCACAGGAAAAAUCACCCAUCGCCUGAAGGCAGAGCUGCAUCAAUCAAUGAGGGUGCCAGUAAAAGCUAAAACUAGCUUCACCUUUGUGUCCAAAGCAGACAUGGACAUGCCUGGACUUAUGGAACCUCAAUAUGGGUGCAAGGAUAGAUCGGUCACGUUCUUUGGUUCUGGAAACAUCUCAAUGGAGGUUCACACGGAGCGGAUGGGGUACCAGCAAGGUGACGCACUGAAAGUCACAGCUGAAAUCAGCAACCGCUCAACUCGCUCAGUGAAGCCAAAGUUCGUACUGUAUGAAAAAAAGAGUUUCUUUGCCCAGGGUCGUAGGAGAGUUAACACAAAUGACAUCCUGAAGCAGAAGAUUGAGCCUCUGGCAUCCUCUAGCAAACAGACUGUGACCAAGGUGAUCAGCAUCCCCAGAGAGCUGCCUCCCUCCAUCUUGAACUGCUCCAUCAUCAAGCUGGAGUACAGGCUGAAGGUUGUGCUUGAUGUUUCCAUGACCAAAGAUCCUAAGGUCAAACUUCCUAUUGUAAUUCUUCCACACAGAACUGGAUCUGUUUCAAAAGAGCAGGAGGCAUACAGCAGCAAGUCUCUGACUGCUUGGUGAUAGAGGCCUGUUUGUAUCAGAUCCCUUAACAAGUAAUACUGGCCUGACUGUAUAAAUACAUCCAGAAGCAAAUAUGUUCAACCCCCUCAUACAGAGCACUAAUGUAAAUACAAUUUUUAUGAGGGAUUUUGAUGAUGUAAACUUUUUUCACAUUUGCUGUAUAGCAUGUUACUUCAGUGCAAUGAUUCUACUUGUAUUUGUACCUUGAUUUUUGUUUUGCGGUGUUGCACCUGACGUUAAAUAUGACAACAAACAAUAAGUGGCAAUGUCCACUGUCAUGUUUAUGAAAUACAUUUACGUCCAUAGGCAAAAUACAUUUACACUGGUAAUGCAUGUUCAUUAUGUAUUAUGUGCCUUAAUGUCAACAGGAUUUUAGUUUGAAAUAACAAUAAAUUUGAACAAAUACUGCA